GCGUUUAACUAGUGUUAGCUGGCUGGCUGCAUGCAGACAGUAACAGCAUGGCAUACAGUGCGAAGAUCGGUCCGUCCAUCCUGAGUAGCGACCUGUCCUGUCUGGGCAGCGAGUGCGUGCGGAUGAUGGACUGCGGGGCAGACUACCUGCACCUCGAUGUCAUGGACGGGCACUUUGUCCCCAACCUCACGUUUGGACAUCCCAUGGUAGAGUGCCUAAGGAAGUCGGUAGGCCCAGACCCUUUCUUUGACAUGCACAUGAUGGUGUCUCGGCCAGAGCAGUGGGUGAAGCCCAUGGCUGCAGCAGGAGCCAACCAAUAUACCUUCCACAUAGAGUCCACCACCAACCCUGGAAACCUCAUCAAGGAGAUUCAAGAGAGUGGCAUGAAGGUGGGUUUGGCCAUAAAGCCUGGUACUACUGUUGAAGAGUUAGCACCUUGGGCCAACCAGAUCGACAUGGCUCUGGUCAUGACUGUUGAACCUGGCUUUGGAGGCCAGAAGUUCAUGGAGGACAUGAUGGCCAAGGUGAGUUGGCUAAGGAGUCAGUUCCCUUCAUUAGACAUUGAAGUAGAUGGAGGAGUCGGCCCUGACACUAUUCACAAGUGUGCAGAGGCAGGAGCCAACAUGAUCGUGUCGGGCAGCGCUGUCGUGGGCAGCGACGACCCUCGCUCCGUCAUCGCCCUCCUGCGCACCGUGGUGGCUGAAGCAAUCCAGAAGCGUUCGCUGGACCGCUGAGAUGUCUUCUGUGUGACAACCGACCUGCCCAUCCCAGCAAUACAACACGACAGCCAGUGGAACAGACUCAACGCGAACAUUCCCGGGGUUGAGGUCAGAGCAGGGCACGGAUGGCCGAAUCCAAAUCACUUUGAUGUGAGUGACGGUGCACCGUGCCUCUACAAAACAUUUAGAAUAUCCUCCUGUCCUCCCACAAUCGCCUCUCUGAGUUCAGUUAACCAACAUUGAGUCUCAUCUCCGCAUGGGGACAAACCAUUUCCAGACCGGAGCUGAAGUUAUGUUUACUUCACAUAUGGAAACAUUCCUGAAUAUUGUUUGACACUGUUUUAAGUAAUAUUAACUGUGGAAAUAAAAUGGUCCAAGGAGGUACUGUGUUUAGAUCUUCAGUUUUGCGAUUAAUUGUUUGACUUUCAUCUGAAAUCAUGUUUAAUAAUUCUGUCUCUUUUCGCUGUUUGGUUGAAAUGAACCAACUGCUCAGCUUAAAUAAUGUACACUUGUAAAUUCCAUGAGAUUUGUUUUUGCAAAUUAAAGACUACAAUGAAGUGAA